AUGGAAAGAAAACAAGGUGGUGAAGAAAGGGUGCAGAACUCAAAGAUUACUAUAAAUGGAGAUGAUGAGAAUCUGUCUUUGCUAAAGAGAGAAAUUGCAUGCCACUCUUUGUUUAGCCUCAUGGUUGAAUCCCACCUCAACUGCUUGAAGCUAUGUUUAGGUAAAAUGGAGAAUAAUGCAAUAAAUAAUCCUAGUGAUGCACUUCCAAACCAGCAUGCCAACUUAUUCACAGCUGAUCGAUCAGAGUUGGACAAGUUUAUGGAAGCAUAUUGUGUGACUCUAAAGAAGCUAAAAGAAGAAAUGGAGGAACCUCAGCAAGAAUCUAUGGAAUUCAUUAAUAUAAUGUAUUCUCAACUUGAUGACCUUCUACUUGACACUCCUUCCUCCAUGCGCAGCGAAAUUCUAAGGUCGGACGAAGAGUAGAAUAAUAGUAGUAGUAUUUUAAAAGGUUUGCAAUCAAAUUCAGACAAAAAACAAAAAUAGAUUAUGUUUCGGAUCCAGAGUUGAAGUUUUAUGUCUUGGUGGAUUGAUUGACUUGUGGAACCGAAACAUGUCCUGUAACUAUAACUAUUUUAGUUUAGUUUAUUGUAUUGUA